AUGGAAAGCCUUCAUGACGUUUGGGACGAGUAUGGGACCGCCAUCACUGCAACUGGUCUGGCCGUAGUUGGCGCUGCCGCUGCCUACCACCUCCUCGGUUCAGCGAAGCCAGCGCCCACUGGACCACAGUCGGUCAUGAUGCCGCCCGAGAAGAAGGGCGAGUCCCACGUCUACAGAUCGAUCCAUUCGCCUGACACCCUGGUGGAGACGUUCGUGCCCGAGACGACCACGCUCUACGAGAACUUCAAGCGCGGCUUCACGCUGAACCCCGAGGGUAACUGCCUGGGCUGGCGCCAGGGCGACGGACCCUACCAGUGGCUUUCGUACCGCCAGGUGCAGGAUCGCUUCCUCGCCCUCGGCGCCGGCCUCCUCGAGCUCGGCUUCAAGCCCAAAGACACGGUGGGCAUCUACUCGCGCAACCGGCCCGAGUGGGUCAUCACCGAGCAAGCGGCCAACGCCUUCUCCAUGGUCGUGGUGCCGCUCUACGACACCCUGGGCGAGGAGGCCGUGGAGCACAUCCUCAGGGAGACCAGCCUCAAGCUCGUGUUCUGCACCAACGAGAAGGUCCAACAGUUGAUCCGCGUACUGGACAAGUCCGACAUUACGCACAUCGUCACGUUUGACUCCUUUGACGACGAGGAGGCCAAGAGCGUCCUGCAAGAGCGGAACAUUUCGCUGCAUACCAUCGACGAGCUCAUCGAAUUGGGCAAGAAGAACCCCGCGAAGCCCAUCCCCCCUUCGCGCGACGACCUGUGCACGAUCUGUUACACCUCGGGCACCACCGGCACUCCCAAGGGCGCCAUGCUUUCGCACGGCAACUUCAUCGCGAACGUCGCCGGCGUGUUCGUGCUGAAGCCUGACCUCGUCACGAGCUCGGACGUGGUGAUUUCGUACCUUCCGCUGGCCCAUGUCUUCGAGAGGAUCCUGCAGGCCGCCGUCUUCCUCCAGGGCGCGUCGAUCGGCUUCUACCGAGGCACUGUGCCGGAGCUGUUUGACGAUAUUGCUACGCUGAGGCCUACUGUCUUCCCCUCCGUCCCGCGCCUCUUCAACCGCCUUUACGACAAGGUGAUGGCGCAAAGGGCCACGCUGACCGGUGUGAAGAAGAUGCUCUUCGAGAGGGCCUGGGCUGCCAAAGUCCAACUCCUCAAGGAGGGUAAGGUGUCGAGCCCGCUGUGGGACCGACUCGUCUUCUCCAAGAUCGCGGCCAAGCUGGGCGCCCGAGUGCGUCUCAUCAUCAGCGGUUCGGCCCCGAUCAGCGCCGACGUCAAGGACUUCCUGCGAAUUUGUUUCUCGGCCGAGCUGCUCGAGGGCUACGGACAGACCGAGUGCUGCGCAGCGGCUUGUGCCACGAUGCCCGGCGACACCACGUCCGGCCACGUCGGCGCGCCCCUCCCCAACUCUGAGCUCAAGCUCGUCGACGUGCCCGACAUGAAAUACUUUGCCACAGACAAGCCCAACCCGAGAGGCGAGAUCUGCUUCCGCGGCCCCGCCGUGUUCUCCGGCUACUACCAGAACCCCGAGAAGACGGCGGAGGUGCUGGAGGACGACGGAUGGCUUCACAGCGGCGACAUCGGCGAGAUGCAGCCCAACGGCACCCUCAAGAUCAUCGAUCGCAAGAAGGACAUCUUCAAGCUUUCCCAGGGCGAGUACAUCGCUCCGGACAAGCUGGAGUCGGCGUACGUGAAGAGCCCCUUCGUGGCGCAGAUCUUCAUCUACGGCAGCAGCCUCAAGGCCUCGCUCGUGGCCGUGGUCGUGCCCGACCCCGAAAUCCUCCUCCCGUGGGCCAAGGAGAAGGCCAUCGACGGUGACCUGGCGGAGCUGUGCCGCAAGGAUCAGGUGAAGAAGGAGAUCAUGGCGAGCCUCAAGAAGGCCGGCGAGGCGGCCCACCUGAAGGGAUUCGAGCGGCUGGCGGACAUCCACCUGGAGCCCGAGGCCUUCUCCUCCGACAACGGCCUUGUCACGCCCACCUUCAAGCUCAAGCGCCCUCAGCUGCACGAACACUACAAGGAACAGAUUGACACCAUGCUGGCCAAGCUCGACUAG